CGCCACGUUGAAUACAAUGUGGCACGCGUCAUUUCGCCUUUCGCCCUCCCGCACACGAAAGCACCGAAGCUCUGUAAUCCUUCGAUACAUAACAAGGAACGAGGGUUAGGGUUUUCACCGAAGAAAGCUAUCCAGGCAAUUGAGGUGCGAUCUACUGUUAAUGGCGCUUGAAUGGGUCGUCCUAGGCUGUGCCGCCGGCGCAGAGGCGGUCAUGCUUCUCCUCCUCACGCUUCCAGGACUCAGCCGACUCCGGCCGGGGCUUGUCGCUGUGACGCGGAGCGCGCUGAAGCCGAUGAUCACAGUGGUUCCGUUCUGUCUCUUUUUGUUGCUGGACAUAUACUGGAAGUACGAGACGCGUCCGACAUGCGAUAACGAGCACGAAUGCACGCCGACGGAGUACCUCCGGCACCAGAAGUCGAUAAUGAAGAGCCAGCGCAAUGGGAUUCUCAUUGCCUGCGCUUUGCUCCUCAACUGGCUCCUGUUGGCCGUGACCAGGCUCGUUGUUCAUAUCGACCAGCUCAGCGAGCGCAUCGAGAAGCUCAAGAGGCAGGAUUAAGGCUCAGAUCAGAGUAAAUUUGGGAGCGCGGGAUGAGGGUUUGGUUUUGUUAACUUAUACUAGUCAUUUCCUGUAUGUGUCUUGCUUUUUACCUGUGUUGAUGAUAUACUUGAGGUUCUGAUUAGCCUUUAGUUUAAUAUUUUACUUUGUUGCUUCUGUUUUCUUGACAUGUUUCAAUCUCUGGUUGUAAAACUCUUAUUACUGUUAUGAAUUUUGAAGAUAUUAUUUCUAUUA